AUGCCCAUCCACUCUGCCCUCCCCGCCGCCAUCCCCGCAGAGCUCCUCAUCCACAUCGCACUCGACCUCGUCCUCCUCGACGCUCCCCUCGGCCCCCCUGCCCAGCUUCUCCCCCUUCUCCUCACCUGUCGCCACAUCUACAACACCCUCUCGUUCCCCGCAUGCUCCCAGCUCUACGCCCGCAUCUUCCAGGCCCAGUUCGACUCCAGCGCCGCACGUCGUCGCAUUGGCCCAAGAGCAGACGAGACCCCUGCCCUCGCCGCUCAGCUCAAAGCGCACCACAUCGCCCUCAAGCGCAUCCGCCACGCAAACGUCGACUCGGACUCCCUCGAGUCCGACUUUUGGAUCGCCUGGACAAUGUGUCUCGAGAACGACGGCAAGAACGAGGCCCACUUGCGCUGGGCCGGCCUCCACCCCUUCGUCGACCGCUUCUUGCGCACCCGUCUGUGGGAGGGACGCGAAGAUUUUGGCGGCUGGCCUGCAGAGAGCACCCUCAAUGCCCUCGCAGUGUGGCUCUACUGGUACACGCUCGACAAAGACACGCUCGCAGCACAGAGCCGCGUCCAGCGCAGCGAAAUCCUCAACCUCAUCCGUCCAUAUGUCCUCGCCGCUCCCCGCUACGCCAGCUUCUAUGCUCCAGACAAUCAUUUUUGGUUCCCCCUCCCAGCCGAUAUAUCUGACUCUACCGCGCACGCUCUGGUGACUCCCCACGGCUUCUAUCCCAUGUACCGCGACCCGGAACAGUGCCUGGAGACCAUAAGGCACUACAAUGAAAACAUCGACAUCGCGCCGCCUUUGAUCGCACAAGGCGCAAAAUUGCUUUACAUGACCCUCAACGAGCUUCCGUUUUCCGUCCCACGCGACAUUCCCAUCGAUCGCGAACACGCUGACCAAACGGGGCGUACGUAUGUGAGCCCCACUCAGGCUGAUCUCAUCGAGGCCAACGCGCACACGUCCGUUAAGCUCCUUGAGCCCGGCGAUUGGGACUGGAAAAAUAAGCUUACGGAGGAAGAACUCCGUCUUGAGAACAAGGGUUGCUGGACUAAGGGCCUCGCCUCCAAGAGCGCAAUGUGGGACUGCGACUGGAACAGGAUGAUAUCCUGCGGCGAUCCCUACUAUGUCAACCCGCGCCUCAAGGUGCCCACGUACGAGUACGGCGUUCUGUCGGGCGCAUGGCAGGGCCGCAUGUUGAUCCCAGACGUGAAUCAGUACUGUGCGCUCAUCUCCUCACAGGACAUGCCUGCCACGUUGUCCGCGCACGACCCGGCCCUGUACGUGCUCCCGGUGUACAUGACCCUGCGCGAGCACCACUGCAUCAUGCCGCAGCUCCCCGUCCGCACCGGCGGUGCCUACACGGAGGAAGAUGACGACGGGAUCAACAACGGCUGGUUCCCUGAGAUCCAGGUCCGCGAGACCGCCGGCCGCGUGCAUGUGCGUGACACGGCCCUCCGCGAAGACUCGCAGUACGAGACGUACGCGGAGGGGCGCGAGAAUUCGCACGAUCCGGAGACGUGCACCGCGUGCAUCAUGCGCGGGGAGAGCGAGGAGACGGAGCUGCGCGCGACGAUCGCGGCGAACGCGGACGCGGCGCGGGGGGACGACGCCGCGAUGGACGUCGAGCAGACUCGCGCAGAGGUGGACGCCGCGCUCGGCCCGGGCGUGCGCGUCGACGACCUGCUCGACGUCGAGAUGGACGGCGGCGAGAGCGUGUGCUCGGACUACGUCAACAACACGUGCAGCGGCAUCUGCGACAUCAUCAUCACGGGCGAGGUGCGUCCCCCGUCCUUGUCCCCCGCCGCGGGCGAUGUGCUGACCCCGGCCGUGUUUGCGCAGACGCUCCCGCGGCACGGGCAGGCGUGGAACCACUUCCGGGUGUACGGCCGCGUGCGCAGCUGGGACGGGCUCGUUGCGCUCGUGCGCGUGCCCGCGCACGUCCCGGAGCUCGGCGUGUACAUCUUUCGCGGGUACGUCGUUGCAGGCAACCUCGUCGGCUCCUGGCGGUGCCGCACGGACAACAUCCGCGCGAUCCCCCUCGAGGGUCCGUUCGUCGUGAGCCGGGCGUGA